UCCCCCCCUGGCAGCUACAGCAACCUUCGGUUCAUGGCCACCCAGAUUGCCUCCGGCAUGAAGUACCUCUCCUCCCUCAACUUCGUGCACCGAGACCUGGCCACACGCAACUGCCUGGUGGGGAAGCAGUACACCAUCAAGAUAGCCGACUUCGGCAUGAGCAGGAACCUCUACAGUGGGGACUACUACCGCAUCCAGGGGCGGGCGGUACUCCCCAUCCGCUGGAUGUCCUGGGAGAGCAUCCUGCUGGGCAAGUUCACGACGGCCAGUGACGUGUGGGCGUUCGGCGUGACACUGUGGGAGACUUUCACGCUCUGCCGGGAGCAGCCCUACUCCCAGCUGUCGGACGAGCAGGUCAUCGAAAACACCGGCGAGUUUUUCCGGGACCAGGGCCGGCAGACCUACCUUCCCCAGCCUGCACUUUGCCCUGACUCAGUCUAUAAGCUAAUGCUCAGCUGCUGGAGACGGGACACUAAAGAUCGUCCCUCCUUCCAGGACAUCCAUCGCCUUCUCCAGGAGUCAGCCAGUGAAGAAUGACCCUUUGCUCCCCUCCAGCCCGGUCCCCAUCCCUCCCCAUCCCCAGAGGAGCCCUAUACUCAAACUGAAGCCACUUCACUCGGACUUAGAAAUAAAACCCGGGCAGCUGGUCUUGUUCUCAUUGUACAGUGAAGCCUCAGAGGAAAACCCCAAGGGCAGCAAGGAGAGCCACGGCGUGGGACGACUCGGACUUCCCGCUCACAUGCUGACCCGAGCCCGGGAGCGACGUGGGCUGAGACAAGGGUUAUUUAUUGAUGCAGCGUGUU